AUGGCGAAUCCGUUAAAAUUUUUCCUUUUUAAUUGUGACAACACAUAUAACUUAGAAGUAGUGGAGAAGUUUUUGCUUGACCUUGACGAGAAAUAUGGUUUCAAAAUAUCGGUUGAUCGUCUCACUUUUGGGUUACCGCUAAUGGCUGAGGUGUGCGAAAAGACUUUACCCAAGCUGGCGAUGGACGUCGCUGUUUUUGUUGUUCAUGCACAUGAAUCUCGUCUCUUCAUCAACGAAGACAACGCUGGUAUUGGUUACGCGAGAAUCUACCGAGCUUUGCUUCAGAAAACAGGUGAGUUUCUGAAUGUUGUCCCUUUAGUUUGUCUGAGUCUGUUAACGCCGUUGUUUUAAACUAACAACACAUAUAGUUCGCAAAUUUCAUGCUGUGGAUCUCAAGUAGUAAAACUUAAGACAUGGAAAUGCCCGCAUUAAGAAAUUUCCCAAUAGCAAACGCAUAAAUAUCAAACAUAAAUAACAACUAAACUUACUGAAGACACAUAUCUGACAUAUGCAUACACAGGGAAGGCGGAAGUGGCACAUGGCACCUUGUUUCUCUCUAUAUUAAUCAGACAUUGCAGCCUAUUUUGCGUUUACACGGUUAAGGGUCUUAUUGAUUAAAAACUGUUUCAAUCCGGUUUGUGUAAAAAAAGUCAGGAAAGAAAAUGGCAAAUCAAUGAAGAAAACGUAAUAAGCGAGUAAACUCCAUGAAGUACUUUCGAUUUUGAUCGUCACGAGGUCGCGUGUCCUGGCAUGUCACUCGAAAAAGGCAGAAGUAUUUCUUAGAAGAUUGUCACGCGAUACCAGUUCUUAGAAGAUCUUGCACAGUCAUUGUCAUUGUAGUGAUCACCAAAACCGGAAGAAUUUCUAGAAAGAAAAAACGUUGACAUAUACGAAGGAUCAAGGUACGAAACAAAGCUAAACAAAGGUACCUGUUUCUAACGGAUCUAGGCAGCAAAAUGUUUGUACUAGUAAAAGAAGAAAAUUUUAUUUUCUUCCGGGAAUGACUAUCUCUACAAGAAAAUUAGUUACAUUUUAGAGGGCCAAGAAACAAAAGAAUACUUUUACCUUGCAAUAUUUGAAGUGUAAGGAAAUAUGUCGUGUUGAAUCAUUCUCUAAAUCCCUGACGAAAUACUUGAAUAACAGACUGAAGUAUGCUAUUACAUUCUCACUUGUGGAAUCCUUGAUCUGGGAAAUUUUUGCUCGUGGAAUCCAGGACUCCUGGGCUUCGGAAUCCGGAAUCCAGCUAAAGAUAGGAUGCGAAAUCCAAGUUCCACGGACAAAGAGUCUGGACUCCAGUACAUGGAUCCGGAAUCCAUGGCGUGGAAUCCAAAAUCCAAGACUGUCUUGGAUUUCUUUUCAUAGGGCGAUUUAAAUAUAAAAAAAAGCAACCAUUGCUGCUUUCUUUUCAUUUGCCCCUCCCCUCUUUGUUUGUGCUUUUCCUCUCAAUACUCCGGUCUAGUGGCUGUGAUUUCAGCAGCUGCUUUUUCGAAUGUCAAGUCUGAAAAUGAAUACACUGAACUUAACAAUGGCAUCUAAAGGUAAGGCGAUGUAAAUCUCUGAUCGAUAGAUGGAUGGUCGCCAUGGAUGAACAGAUCGUCGGAGCUGGUAGAUCGAUGUAAUUGUUGUUAAGCCUCGUUUUUUGUUACUCGACUUAGAACUAUCAGUUUACAUGAGAGUCCAUUGUCACUCCUCUUCACAGGAGUGAUGAAGCACUAUCCACCGACCAGCCGCGCCUCCCUUACAGUGUAUCAAAAAAACUGAAAACUGUUUGUAUACACAUUUCCGUGCCUAUUUUUUUUCAGAUAACAAUGUGUUGAUCGUAAUAGGCGGAGACAGUUGCUACAAAAAUGAAGACGAAGAAGCGCGGUGUGUCAUCUCGCGCUGGGCAAAAAGGAAGAUGGCUUUGCAGUUCGGUGAAGAGUAUCUGGACGGAAGGCAAAGCUUUAUCUUCUCUUGGGAUGAAAGACACCGACCGAUUCACGAGGAAGCAAUGCGGCAUUUUCUUGACCCCGAAAAGAGGGGAUCCAAGUUUGAAUACACACCUCCCAGACCCUUGCCGAAGCUCAUACAGCCUGUGGAGCCU